AUGAGUAACAUUUGGGACAUGAUUCGUGUCGUUGUAUUCGGAUCGAACAACGACGCGUCUCGCAAUGGUGCUCCUGCCUUUAACCCGGCGCAAGAUAUCCCGUCGAUGGCAGGCAAGGUCAUCUUCAUCACGGGCGCCGCGGGCGACCUCGGCCGACAAACGGCCAUAGAGCUGGCUCGUUAUGGCCGGCCUAGUCGCAUAUACAUCGCAGAUCUGCCGCGCACCGACGACGCCAAACAAGCUCUGAUCCGACAGAUUGAUUCCGAGGCUUACGGAGACUCCAUCCGAUUUCUCGAAUUGGACCUUGCAUCGUUCGAGAGCGUUCGAAAAUGCGCCCAGCAGUUCGCUGCUCAAGAACAACAUCUGGACAUUCUGAUACUAAAUGCAGGUAUCAUCCGUGUCCCUCCGAUAACAACACCGGAAGGCUACGAGAUCCAUUUUGGAGUCAACUAUCUCGGCCAUGCCCUUUUGACGCGCCUGCUAAUGCCGAUGCUGCUUCGCACAACGCAGCGAGAGUCCGGUGCCGAUGCACGCGUCGUUGUUGUGUCAAGCGAGGGACACGUUUCAGCGCCUAAACAAGGCGUCGAUUUCGAGCUCGUCAAGACCAACUGUUCGAAUCUGCCUUAUCCAAAGCGCUACGGCCAGAGCAAAGCAGCCCUCAUUGGCCUGAUGCAAGGACUCAGCCGCGACUAUCCACAAAUUAAAACUGUCGCUGUACAUCCAGGGAGAAUUCUUACGGGUAUGGCGACGUCAUUGUGGAAAGAGAGUACCCUUGCACGCUUGACUAAGCCUAUUGCACCGUUCUUCUGUGUGCCUGUGACUACCGGGAUCAGAAAUCAUCUAUGGGCGGCCACGAGCUCAGAGGUGGUAAGCGGCACGUAUUAUGAACCUGUGGGAGUGCCUGGGACGUUAUCGCAGGCCGUACAGGAUCCGACUUUUGCGACAAGGCUCAAAGAGUGGACCGAUAACGCCCUUGAAGGAAUCAAGCCUCUUGAGUAG